UCGAAUAAGUUGUUUGUUUUUACCAAAAAGUGUAAAAUAGUGCAGAAAAUCAUUGUAAAUAUGCGUUAAAAAUAGUUACUCAUGUUAAAAAAUAAAUUAAUCUUUCUCAUGCAGUGUUUACUCCAGUUUGCCAUUUGUGGAACUAAAACCAUACUGUAGUUGUUAGCCUUGAAUCAGAUGUCAUUUAAUAAAUGAGUUGUUUAUUUUACAAUUUAGUGCUAUUAGAUAUAUUUUCACGAUUAUAUGGCUCUGAUGUUUGACUUAUGGUUUGCGAAAUUAUCAAAGAGGCAUGUUUUAUCCACGUAUUCGGGAAAAAGCUGGUGCAUCUUUAGUAGUUUUGAGCUGGACUUGUCUGGCUGUUCUCUGUGCCGCGUCCACAGGCCCUUGCGAUAAAACACGAAGGGUCUUCACUGAAUCCAGCGGUAUCAUUACUGAUGGCCCCAGCAACUCAAAUUAUACACAAGAUUCACACUGCGAAUGGUUAAUUAAGGCUGAUAAUAAGAGUCAGUACAUAACACUAAGUUUUAUUCGAAUGGGCACAGAAUGCUCCUAUGAUUAUGUGUUUGUUUAUGAUGGAGAUUCAUUUGAUGCUCCACUACUUGGUAGCUUCAGUGGCAAAACAGAACCUCAAAAUGUAACUGCAUCCAGCGGCUUUAUGCUAAUACUGUUGUAUAGUGAUACAAAUUAUGUUCUUGACGGCUUUCGUGCUACAUAUGCAAUUCAUAACUGUCCCAACAACUGCACUGGCAGGGGGCUGUGUAUGUCCAACAAAUGUUUUUGCGUAGGUACCUGGGGUGGGCCUGAUUGUAGUGUUGAGUUAUGUCCAAACUUGUGCUCGGGAAAUGGCCAAUGUAAGGGAGAUAGAUGUCUUUGCAAGAAAGGGUAUUCCGGAGAGUCUUGCUCCCUUAAAAGUAAUGAUAAGGAUGGCAACAAUUGGCAUUGGCUCUCCCACACAGAAAGUGGAAUGACAAAGCGAGCAGCCCACACAGCUGUGUAUGUGAAUCACACGGACUCUCUAUAUGUGUUUGGAGGAUAUGAUCUGAAUAGAGUAUUAGGUUUUUUAGAAAUAUACAGAUUUUCGACUAGUCAAUGGUAUGAUGAAAAUGGAAAAGUGUUACGUAGGUAUCCUACCAAUGAAGAGAUUGAUAAGUCACUUUUAACUUUAUUUACAAAGGGAAACAUUGAAGGCAACUGGCCAAUAGGAAAUAGUUCUUCUUUAUUUAAUUUAAUUCUUUCUUCCUUCUCUCACCAUGACAAAACUACUUUACCUCUUAUGUAUUCUCAUUCGCCAACCCCUUACUCCGAAAGCUACAUACAGUUCACGGACAGACCUGAGUUUGUAAGUUUGAAGGCGAAUUACUCAAAACCCGAACCUCGAUACGGCCAUUCGGCUUGCGCUUAUGGGAACGGCUUUAUUAUAUAUGGAGGGAAACUCUCCGAUGGUAGUUUAUCAUCAGAGCUGUGGUAUUAUGAUGCUAUCGAAAAUGUUUGGACGCUGAGAGCUGUCAACUCCUCGUAUACUCCACCCGGCUUGACCCGUCACACGCUGACUGCGGUGAAGGAUGAGUUAUAUUUGUUCGGCGGCAGUACCGUGGAGGGAGACUUUUCAUCUAGUAUGUACAAGAUAAAACUGGCGGACGGUGCGACUGAAAAUUGGGAAAAGGUGCAAGUCAGAGGAGGAAAGGAGUUGGACGUGCGUGUUGUGGCGCAUACCGCGGUGUAUCAUGAGAGGACCAACUCUAUUCUGGUGUACGGCGGCGUGGUCGCAAGUGUGGCCAGAUUCUCGAAGCUCUCAGACAGAAUGUUCGCCUUCGACCUGGACUAUAAGCACUGGAGCGAAAUACACUAUCCCCGCGCCCACCUCCGAGAUACUUACGUGCCGCGCGAGCGGGCGUUCCACACGGCCACGGUCAUAGGAAACUAUCUGGUUGUGUUUGGAGGCUACUCACACAGACACAAUAGAGAGGAAAUUUGCUACGACGGUCAAAUGUAUCUGUAUCACCUCGGUUGCCAUGCGUGGAUUCCCUUGGACGUCUUGGGCAAAACAAGGAAAUAUUAUCCAAAGAAACAAGGAGUUUUCGCACACGCUGCUGCGUUGAAACCACCUUCGACUUUGCUGAUCGUCGGCGGCUAUCAUGGAAAUGUUAAUGGAGAUCUGUUAGCGUACGUAGUUCCGAGCUGGCACGCCGGUGUCACCAGCAAGGACCCGGAGUCCGCCUGCCCUCGUCACAAGACUCAGCCGGAGUGUCUGGCGGAUCCUGAAUGUGGCUGGUGCUCAGCUGAUGAUAUCUGCUACGGUAGGACGAUAGGGUCGAACUGCACCACAAACCUGCAGUCCAUCCGUUGCGGCGGGAUCUGUCCGGCUCUCGGGGACUGUCAGUCGUGCCUCAUUCACGGCCCGGCUCUCGACAGGAACAGUUCCCGGACCCCGCUUGUCUCCGUCAGCACUAAGCUGGGUCUACAUCAGUGCAGCUGGUGCGUUCAGAAUGCAAGAUGUCAUCACAAAGACGAUAAUUAUGGUGUUUGCGGCGAGGAAACACCAUCAGAAAACCCAGGGUGGUGGGGAACAACUGGCACUGAAGUGACAACACCUGAAGAAUGUCGUAUCCUAGACAUGAGACCGGGCCUUACGUUUCUCAGAUACCAACAACCUGCCGACUGGAACCACCCGGACGCCGUUUCCAUUGUGAACGCAACUACAGUCGACUGGGGCGCGGGGGGAGGCAGUAACAGCAUUAUCACUGGCGCCAGUGAGACGAGGCUCAAAGGCUGGUUGCACAUACCCAUAAACUGGCUUGGAACAUCUGAAAGCCUACAAAUCUGCGCGGGACAAGCCAAUAUAACGUUAAACCUUGGUGACAAAACAGAACCGGUCGCUAAUGUGACUGGCUACCCUACAUCGUGCUCGCCAGUUGAUUGGCCACUAUUGAAUCCUGGAAAGCUAUUCGUUGAUAUGCACGCGAACGAUUCGCUUCACACCGGCCUGUAUCCGUCUCACUAUCACGCUAAAAUGGAAUUACUACAUUACAAAUUGCAAGAAAGUGCCAAGGUUUUUACGUUUGAGUUCCUCGAACCUUAUACAGAAGGAAAGUGUGCAAACUAUGACAACUGUAUGUUAUGUCUCUCCGACGCGGCAUGUGGCUGGUGUGAGCUCACUAGUCGCUGUGAAUCUAGAAGCGUCGACGAGGAAGUCACUUGUACAGCUGAUGGCGAGUGGAGAUACCUGACACUGCAGCCGGCAGCCUGUCCCAACUGUUCCAACUACAUCACUUGCGAACGCUGCGUGGCUGGGAACUAUUGUGAAUGGUGGGCGGACGAAGCGAGGUGUUCUAGACGAGGUCGAGCCAGUGGCGCCAUAGUGGAUUCCUCCGAAUGUCCAGCUCCGUGUCGCAUGAGGCUCGACUGUGAACAUUGUCUCGAUGAAAAAGGCCGCUGCGUCUGGUGUGAAGCUACCCGACAAUGUUUCAGCUUUAGUGUAUACACAAGCGAAUACCAAUUCGGCCUGUGCCGUGAAUGGCUCGAUCGCGCAUCCUCGCCCACUGAUGACGGAAGUAAGAAGUCUGGACAGUGCAAAUCUUGCCAAGCUCAUGUCCAAUGUGCUACGUGCCUAAGAAGUAUGGGGUGUGGAUGGUGCCAUUCCUUCGAAAAUCCCAUCAAUGGCGUAUGUACGGAAGGUGACUUCACCCGUUCGCAUAUGGACUGUGCAUCAUUAUUGAACGUCACUACAUCAGAUGCGGGCUGGGCAUAUGCUCAGUGUCCCGAUGUCGACGAAUGUGGCUUAGGUCUUCACGACUGCCACGAAAAUGCCGUUUGUAAUAAUACCCAUGGUUCCUACACCUGCAAAUGCAAACAAGGCUAUAUUGGAGAUGGACGCAAGAGUUGUAUACGAACUUGUUACAAUAAUUGUAUUCACGGGUACUGCUUGGGAGCCCCGCAAUACAAGUGUCAUUGUGACUUAGGGUGGACGGGGGCAGAUUGUUCCAUUAACUGCGGAUGCCAUAAUCAUUCAACCUGCAAGACCGGUGUCGGACGUUGUGAUGAGUGCCAAGAUUGGACAGAAGGUGAAUUCUGCGAGUCUUGUAAACCUGGGAGUCAUGGCAACGCUACGACUGGUCAAGGUUGUCGCCGCUGCGAUUGUAACGACCACGGUGACGAGACGCGAGGUGUCUGCGACGUAACUACUGGUGAAUGUAUUUGUAAGGACAAUACCGAAGGGCAAAACUGUGAACGUUGUAAAGCUAAAUUUUAUGGUGACCCAAGGCAUGGCGGUAGAUGCUACUACCAGUGCGAGCCAAGAGGAAUGUUGAAGGCUAUCGAAACCCAAGGUAUCGGAUCACAUAAGACAGAUCCCGAUAUUAAAACUUUGGGUCCUACAAAGGAAUGUUUAUGGAUCAUUUCUGCAGAUGAUAUUAAGGAUGCCACGAUCCAAUUUACCGUAAAUUCUUCCACUUUAAAUGUGCCAUGUGAUCAAAAUGCCGUAUAUGUUUAUGAUGGUUUAGGGGGAGUGCCUGACUUAAGUAAUAAUCAGCAGAGUCAGUUGCUUGGUGUGUUCUGCAAUGGUGCAUCUUCAGGUAUUGUUGAAGCUCGAAGUGGAAAUUUAACCGUGCACUAUAAGCAAAGUCAGCCAGACCAGGGAUUUGAAGGGGUUUUCAAUGUGUUGGCUUGUGAUGGCCAUUGCGCGUGGCCAAGAGUUUGUAACAAACGACAUUGCGUCUGUCGGGAGGGCUUUGGAGGUUUGAAUUGUAAUAUAGAAAUCUGCCGCAACAAUUGUAGUAGACACCUGAAUGGGGGCGUCUGUGAUAUGAAUUAUGGAAGAUGUCUUUGCAACGAAGGCUACGGAGGUGAUGAUUGUUCUCUGAAGCUUGAUAAAUCACUACUUGUGUUCACCGAAUUAUUCGAUUCCGAUUUCCUCACCGACAGUCUCGACCAUUUGAGAAAAACUCUGCCAAGAUUUGGGCACAGUCUAGUGGCUGAUAGACGCGGCCUUUGGAUGUUUGGUGGAUACUCACUGUCACACGGGCCAUUGAAUGAUAUAAGGUUUUAUGAUACCAAAAACAAUACUUGGAUGCCAGUAACAGUCGAGGCUACUGCUGAUGCGAAAAUGCCUCAAGGUCGCUACUUCCAUGCAGCAGAAAUAUACCAUUCCAGACAAAACAUAUACAUCUAUGGCGGGCUAGGCUUACAAGAAAAAACCGGCCACAAUAGAACUUUGCAGGACUUCUGGCAAUUUAGUCUAAAAGACCAGAGGUGGAGCAAUAUAAGGAAUAAAGAAGAACAACCCCCACCACUGGCAGGUCAUACGUUGACCUUACAGAAAUAUCAGGACUACGAGAGCUUGGUAUUAAUUGGUGGGUUUUCGUUAGAAGAAGGGUUUAUGACCGAUAUGUGGGAAUUUGAUCUGGAUAACGAUAAGUGGGUAAAACUUAGCAGCAGUGGCGCCCAACCACCUGGAAUCAUCAGUCACAGUACAGUGUAUCAUGCAUCUUCGCAAAGCCUAUAUGUUUAUGGAGGGAUUCUGUACACAUACAACGGUACAAUAAUAUCUGAUAAACUAUUCUCGUUUCACUAUCCGACAAAGAAGUGGAGCGAGUUGCCAUCAAUACCGGGUUUGAAUGUUUUUGAAAGUUUGCCCCGGCCAACGUUUUUACAUUCAGCUGUAACGACUAACGAUUACAUGAUCGUAUUUGGGGGUAGAACAAUUCCAGAGAAAAGAUCAAAUUCUCUCAUUGCUUAUCUUUAUGGCUGCAAUCAAUGGAUUAAACUAUCCAAAGGACCUUCGGUGUUAGACCACCCGCCACCAAGAACGAUAGCACAUGCUAUGGCGAUUGACUUAGAAUCCGAAAACGAUUGGAAUAUAUACAUAGUCGGUGGUUGGACAGGCAGUGCUAACUGCCAAGUAACAAGAAUAACCCUGCCAGAAGAUUUGUGUUCAUUAUGGAGCUCGAGUAAAAUAGAAUGUCGUAGCCAUAUGGGCUGCAGUUUUUGCAGCACUGGAAAAUAUACUAAAUGUUAUUCAGUUGAUAAGCCCGGGUGCGAAGGUAGCGAUAGGAUCUCGACCAAUGCCGGAGCGGCCUGCAAUGCGGAGCUGGUGGCUCGAAGACCUUGUGAAAAUUUCACAACAUGUACUACUUGCUUAGCUGCGUGGCCUCUCUACCCUGAAGAUAAACCUUCGUGUAGGUGGUGUGAAACUUGCGCUGCCGGCGUCGGUGAAUGUGUCCCAACGGCCGAAUCUUGUAAGAGCAUGAAAUGUAACGCUGGCACCACGUAUAUAAGUAUUGUGGACCAGUGUCCCGAGAUGAGGUGCGUGGCGCCCGACUGUGAGCAGUGCGAGUUCAACAAGUGCUCGUGGACGAGGCUUAUUAAGCGAGAAGGACAAAUGACAAGACUAGCGUACGAUCUGACAGACCUGUUCAACUGGACCUGCGCGUACGCAGAUGAGCCGAUUUUAAAAUACAUACAGGAAAUAAGAGUACAAUCGUUCAAGUCCGGGUUCCCGUUUGUCGAUGCGAACAGUGAAGAAUGUCCGAGCAGAUGCGAAUCGAAUCAGGAUUGUCACUCGUGCCUCGGCUCCGACGGUGGCGAAGGGGGGUUCUCGGAGUGCCACUGGGCCAGUUACCUGGGGACGUGCAUAUCUCCGGCUUAUCAACCGCUGUACUGCGCCGGAGGUGUCUGCGGACUGGUACUCACAAAGGCGGACAAAAAUAAGUGUCCAGCGCCUUGCGAGACAUUCGAGCAGUGUUCGGAAUGUCUUCAUCAUUCUCACUGCGGAUGGUGUGCGAUCGACGGAGCGAACGGGGAAGGUGUUUGUACGGAGGGCUCGAUCGAUUCGCCGUUGGACUACAGCACUAGGACCACCUGCGCCGCUGUCUACGGGAGCGUUCAACAGGCCAAUAGCACCAACGAGACGUUCUCGUGGCACUACACGCGCUGUCCACCGGAGAAUGAAUGCGAGAAUAAUCACCAUCAGUGCAAGGAGGAUUCGGAGGUGUGCCACGACCUGCCCACCGGGUACGAGUGCGUGUGUGGGCGGGGCUACAAGCAUGUGGGCGGCGCCUGUGCGGCCGUGUGCUCGCAGGGCUGCGUGCGAGGUGCGUGCGUGCAGCCUGAUGAGUGUCGCUGCGACUUCGGCUACGUGGGCGCCAACUGCACCAUCCAGUGCCAGUGUAACGGACACGCGCACUGCGAGGGACCCGACAAGCUCGACAAGUGUAUCGAGUGUCACAACAACACUAUGGGCAGUCAAUGCGAGAAGUGCAAGCCGAACUUCGUGGGUGACCCGACAGACAACGGGCAGUGCAUCCCUUGCUCGGUGUUCUGCCACAGCCACACCAGCAUCUGUACGACGGAGGGCGACGUGAACAGUGCCGACAUCGAGGAGUACUACAGGGACGCGGGAGGCGCGGCCAAGGCCCGCUGCGUGCGCUGUGCCAACAACACGGACGGAGCGCGCUGCGAGCGAUGUAUCGAGGGGUACUUUAGAGGGUCUGAGGACUUCAGGGACCCUUGUCGACCUUGCGAGUGUCACGGACACGGAGACACUUGCGACCCGGUCACCGGCGAGAAGUGCAACUGCGGCAACAACACAGAGAGCGACGCCUCGUGCCAGACUGCCAGCUCCAGCAAGAACUCUGCCCAGGAGUGCUGGCGCUACCAGUGCGUCAAGUGCAGGGACCUUUACAUGGGCGAUCCGCGCAACGGACACCAGUGCUACAAGACCAUCAACAUCGAGAACAAGAUCUGCUUCGACGGAAAAACUAUUGAUGAAUGCAAGAUCAAGCCACGACCGUUGUACGCAGGGCAGACAGUAUUCCUGGCCGUGAACCCGCGCUACAUGAACGUCGACAUCCGAGUGAUCGUAGACGUGACCCAGGGCGCCGUGGACCUGUACAUGAGCCCCAACGACAGCUCGUUCGUGGUUUCAGUGAACGCGACUACUGGCGCGCACGCCAUCGAGCUAGAUCGCAGCUACUACAAACGGGACCCCUUCCGCAAGAUGCCCUCCUUCGACGGCGACGUGGUCUCCUGGCAUUACGACAAAGUGGACUAUGCCCUCGCCGACUACGCAGCGAACGAACUGGCCACUUACGUGACCGUAGACAGGCGGAACGUUCUCCUCCGCGUCACAAACCUCCGCAACCGGCUCGUGCUCACCCUCCCGCAGAACAUCCACGACCUGACCCACACCAAGUUCUUCAUCAUCAUCCGCGCGCGGAGCACAGAAGAUGGCUCGGCCAGUUUCGGCGUGGCGUUCUUCCGCCAAGAUCAACUGCACAUCGAUCUCUUUGUGUUCUUCUCGGUUUUCUUCUCGUGUUUCUUUUUAUUUCUUGCCGCGUGCGUGGUCGCGUGGAAAGCGAAGCAAGCGGCUGAUGUUAGGCGAGCUAGACGGAGACAUGUUGUUGAGAUGCUGCACAUGGCCAAGCGGCCGUUCGCUGGCGUGGUGGUGUCGGUCUAUGGCGGUCGCCGCGGAGACGUUCGCCCCGUCGCCAUCGAGCCCACGGCCGACGAGCGCGCUGCUGUCACCUCCGUGCUCGUCAGGUUACCCGGAGGUCUUCGCGCCCCGGUACGAAUGGCUCUCGCGUCCGCGUUAGUUUUGGUGACCCGAGCGCCCCCCACCCGGCCGCGACACAGAAGAACAUUCUCGUGAUGUGCGCAAGGAGCUAGCACACACGCACAAUAAUUGUAGCUCAUACAUAGGUUAUAAUUUAUAGUGGGAUAUAUGAGGUCCUACAACCGAUGCCUUCAUACUUCCUAGGCAAAAAAUUCAUCGGCAAGGCCUCUAGAUUGCUAUCAAAUGUAUGAUUAUGUAAACAUACAUAUUAAAAUUGGGAUUAUCAAACUAUGUAUGUUAAAUUAUGAAAAUAUUAUAGUGUCAUUUACUUGACUGCUGCUAUUUUGGCUGCUCCGAUAUAGAAUCUAUAUCACCUACUCAAUGCUCUUAAUAGAAACAUAUUGCAGCUUCGUUUUAAUGUAUAAUCAUCAAUCUGUAGCAUUAUAAAUUAUUGAUAGUGUACAUUCGAAUUUUACAAUAAUUUAUACUCAUUCCGAUUAAGUUUAUUUUAUAUAUAAAAAAGAAACAAUAUCAAAUUUCCACAGGGCAUGUUUUAUGAUUCUGUUAUUUUAUUUGAUUGAUUUUUAUAUGAUCUGAUUUAUUUGGCACUACUUACAAAUGUUAAGGCCGCACUGUCUUUUAUUAUUUUUAAUAACAGCAGUACAAAUGUACCUUUUCUUGUUGCCAUGGCUUUGAACCAUUAGCUAUUAUUGUCUGUAUUAGAGAGUAUACUGUAAAGUAGAAUUUUUUUAUUAUAUAUUUAUAACAUAAUAGUUGAUAAUGAUAUAACGCGCUCAUAAAACCUACGUAAUUAAUUAAAUUCGCAUGAAAUGUUGUGGCAUAGUUAAUUUCAUGUAUGUUAUAUUUGAACCGCAUUGGUUUCUAUAAAAAUCAGAAAUUUUUUAAGUAGGUAGUUAUUAUAAAUAAUUUAUAUGAUCAGUUUACAUUGUUACACAUUUUGUGGUUUACUAUCCAAUAUGUAGCAUGAGAUGAACUAUUUCAUGCCCACCAAGCCAAAGCAAUCACAUAUAGUUUGCAAAAAUUGAGCGGGUUGUGAAUAGUCCAUUGUAGCAAAUGCUGUUGUUUAUUUCAAAAGUUUAUUAUGCCAUGUUGUGUAUGUUAUUUGUAAGUUUAAUCAUACCUUUAAAUUUACUAUGUUUUUUGGGUACAGUAUACCCAUGGUAGCUUAUUGUUGCUUGUGUUGGUAACACUGCACUGCUUCUUGAAGAAAUUUCUCACAUGAACUUAUACACUAGCAAAUAUUUGCAUGAAGCAAUUUAUAGCCCUUAACACAACAUUCAUCUUUUGACACAAAUGUGAAAUAGUUCAUUUGACUUUUCUCCUCUCAAGUAAAUAAAAAAUGUAUACACACAUUAAACAUGGAUGGAUGUGUGGCGGUCCUCCACAGUGCGGUUUUCAAGGAGCUUUCUUCCACAUACUACAAAGUUGUGGAAUGAGCUUCCUUGUGCGGUGUUUCCGGGACGAUACGACAUGGGUACCUUCAAAAAAAGCGCGUACACCUUUCUUAAAGGCCGGCAACGCUCCUGUGAUUCCUCUGGUGUUGCAAGAGAUUGUGGGCGGUGGUGAUCACUUAACAACAGGUGACCCGUACGCUCGUUUGUCCUCCUAUUCCAUAAAAAAAAACAGUAAUGAAUUUGUAAAUUUUAGCCAUGUUAAUGCAAUUUACAUAUCGCGCCUAUUACAUGAAUCUCUUUAGUAUUAUUUUUUGACAGCUCCGUAGAUAUUUAAUUAAAAUAUAUAACUUCAACAGCUUUUGCUGGACGCUGAAUUUCGUUUAAAUUUCGUUUUUGUAUAAUGAAAUAGGAAAAUAUUGUAAAUUAUAAUAAAAAGCUAUUAUUUUGCAAGUAUUGCACAUGAACAUACAUUUUUGUUAUGUAUUUAAUAGUAUAUUAUAAUUAUUUAUAUGUUGAUAUAACCAGCACAAGAUGCUCGCAAUAAAAAUUAAAUUAAAAGGUAAAUAGAUGUUAAACAAUAAAGAAUGUGAAUUUGCUCAUUAUUAACUGGCAGUAUUCUAAAUGAAAUAAUUGUUGUCAAAGUAGUGUAAGUAGAAUUAAAUACAUUAGAGUUAUAUAAGUAAAAACUAUUAGAUAAUUAAGGUGAUAGUACUGAUAUUAUUAUGUGUUAAGUGAUCAUUAUAUGUGGAUCCCUAAAAAGAUCUUUCAGUCCAAUUUACAUUCCAAAUUAUUGUAAUCCGCUGUAUAUAUUAUUACUUAAUUAAAGUCAAACAAGACAUUAAUAUUGGCAGUAAAAGCUUGAAGUAUUACUAAAAUAAGAAAUCUGAUUGCUCAUUAUUUAAAUUUUUUAUCAAUGUUUAUCGAUUGCAUUUAAAUUUAUUUAUCAAUUGAAUAUUUGUCUUGUUUUGAAAAUAAGUCUGUAAGUAUACACUUGCUAAGACAGAAUUUUAUCAUUAUAUAAUUAUGAUUCAUUAUUAGUAAUAUUCCUGUCCUCAGUCAUAUUGUGAUUUAGAACUUUAUAUUAAAUACCUAAGUCUAGUUUUGAAUAAAAUGCUCUUCACAUGACCUUGCUCAUAAUUAUAAAAAAAAUCUGUGAUCAGUGUGGGGUUAUUUUGAAUAAUGUUACAAUACCUACAAAAAAAUUCUUUUUGCUGUACCUAUUAUAUUUUUCACCUAGGAAUUGUAAUGAUCUAACAGCAGUAUUAUAAGCAAUAUAUAUUUUUGGUUGAAAUGUUUAUAAAAUAAAAAAAAAUAUAAGUUGGUUGCUAAA